UGCCCCCCCCAUGGAGCACCAGCCAUGGCUAACGGGUACCGCACGCUGUCCCAGCACCUCAACGACCUCAAGAAGGAGAACUUCAGCCUCAAACUCCGCAUUUACUUCCUGGAGGAGCGCGUGCAGCAGAAGGGAGAGGGCAGCCGGGACGAUGUCUACCGGCGGGUGAGCGCGCCCGUGGGGACGGGGAUGGGGCAGGUGCUGCCGGAUGGGAUAUCACUCCAAUGCUGUCCUUUUGGGGAUGGGGGCACACAGCUGUCACUGUGGGUCAGGGAUCCCAGUGAGUAGUGGAGCUGGGGGGAAUUUGCCUCUCACUGCUUUUGACCGGAGCAGGGAAAUGGGAUGGGGAGAACAGGAUCUGCUCUGCUGGUGGUAGAGACCCCUGUGCCCCGUUACAUGAUGGACACCCCAUGCCUGUGCCUCGUCAUGUGGGGUUCACCCCGUGUCCGUGCUUCAUCACACAGGGGGGACACCCCAUGUCUGUGUCCUGGAAUGAGGGACACCCCAUGUCUAUCCCCUAAAAUCAGCAGCAGGGAGCCAGCAUGAUAAACAAUCUAACUGCUGCAACAGCUGUGCUGGGUGGAUGGGUCCCUGCU